UCACAUAGUAAAGAUUAGGGUCAACAGUGAGAAGGAACGAGGCACAUAAUGGAUAAAAUUGGGCACAACAAAUAGGUCAGAAAUACCUAUUUCACGCAUGCACAGCGAAUGCAAAACUAGUUAUGGCACGGCUGCUGCCGCGCAGGUUUGUUUUGCGACAGUGAUGGCAAGUGUCGCAAACGUGUGGGAGGCUUUGGGCGCUGUUCGUUACGUAGAAGGCAGCCGCCUACACUGACCUGGAUAUCUGCAGCUGAGGAGCAUUCUACCGACCUGUUUUGAUAGCAUGGAUUUUAGGACGAGAAUGCAGCGUUUUUGUUCUCAUCUCCAAUGGAUAGGCCUUCGUCUUGAAGGCGAUUGUACAGCAAGUGUGAUGCCCCUCUGGUCUGCUGAAUAGUGACGCGAAGAGGGGAUGGCUUCGCAACCUGAUGGACAGUAUCGAUGACUUAGCAAUCAAAAUAAAGGCUGGAUAGCCUCUGUGUGUGCAAUUUCGAGGCUUUAUUGUCUGCACUCGCUCCACUUGCUUCUGCAUUUCCUGAGUGGAACUGGAUACUAUUCUUGAGUGUGUCGUAACAUCACCGUUACCGACAACAGUGUAUACUUCUCUGGAGCAAGGAAGUGGAGCUGGUGGGUCAGGCUAGCAGAACUUAUUGAAGGAAAGACCGGAGGUUGGGUGACUUUACCGUCACAAUAAAGGUGCCAAAUAGAUAUGUUUGGAUUUUGAUUACGGGCUUUUGGGAUAGGACAGUAACGUAAAACUUGGACAGAACGUCAACGGAAUUGUUUUACUAGUCACGGAGAUCUCCACCUUCGCUGUUAGUGUGCACACUGCAGCGUAACACGGCUACUUUCGUUUUAUUUUGGAAGCUCCGAACGGAAGUCGUUCCUGGUGGUGCGGGAGUUGAUGCUUGUAGGAAGUGGGAUGUGGUCAGAACGUAUUUACGCUUCUGCCUAAGAUAUGAAAAUCUUUGAAUUAGCGCUGCUUCGGGAGCCCUGUUUCACCACCGGUCACAGCGGGGGUUACGGUGGCGUUGCUGUCAGUCAUUGUGGUCAUUGUCGGUUGUCAGAAACGGCGAACACGACCGAAGCUGCUGUGCUGGUUUCUGCUGGACUGGACCACUUCCAUGAGGGCUUCUCAACCUCACGCCCUAAAAUUUUGAGUGCGGGGCUGUAUUCUGAGCUUACGUAAGAACAGUAUGUGAAUUGAUACAGUCACAUUGUUGACUUUUUUUUAUUUUAUUUUAUUUUUUUCUUGGACGAAGACUUUGUGCUUUUCCUCCCCUUUUUAUGCAUAUUUGUUGCAAAUGUCAACAACUCAGCGUCAAGUGAUGAUGGAGUCCUCUCUAGCUCUCGGAAGACUGGAACUGACCUCGAGUUCAGGCGCUGUUGGGGUCAGCCUGACCCCGCGACUCUCUGGCGGGCUCCAGGCUAAAGAGAAGUGCGGUCAGCGGCCACUGGGGCCACAAGGCCAGGCUCACCUGAACGGCUGCGUCCCGUUGUCACAUCAGGUGGCAGGUCACAAGUACGGAGUGGAUACCGUGGGUAUUUUGCAGCAUCCAGAUGGAACAGUUCUGAAACAGCUUCAGCCUCCACCUAGAGGUCCACGAGAGAUGCAGUUUUACAGCAUGGUGUAUGCAGAGGACUGCUGUGAUCCAUGCCUUCUGGAGCUCCAGAACCAUCUGCCCAAGUACUACGGUACCUGGUCCUCUCCUGACAGCCCCAAUGACCUGUACCUGAAACUGGAGGAUGUGACUCGACGCUUUGUCAAGCCAUGCAUCAUGGACGUGAAGCUGGGCCAGCGGAGCUACGAUCCAUUCGCCUCACAGGAGAAACGGGAACAGCAGAUCAGAAAAUACCCACUGAUGGAAGAGAUAGGCUUCCUGGUCCUUGGCAUGAGGGUGUAUAAGAUGUGCAGUGACACAUUUGACUCGUACGACCAGCACUACGGGAGGGGACUGGUGAAGGACACCAUAAAAGAUGGCCUGGCUAAAUUCUUCCAUAACGGUGUUAGUCUGAGGAAGGAUGCAGUGUCAGCCAGCAUCCGCAGAGUGCAGUGUAUCCUCCGCUGGUUUGAGUCGCAGCACCAGCUGACCUUCUACGCCAGCUCCCUCCUCUUCGUCUACGAGGGCCUUCCCUCCUCUUCCUCCUCAUCCUCUCUUUCUUCACUUCUAAGCACCCCAUCAAUCAGCCCGACUGCAGGGAAAACCGCAACGCUGCCAUCGGCGGGCGACAGCGGUCGGGGCGGGGAGGGGAAAGCGAGACAGGAAGGGGCGGGGCAGGAAGAGGAAGUGGCUGAGAACAACAACAACAACAUUCAGGUGCCAGUACCCUGGGACUACAGUCUGAGCACCAUUUACACCAACCACAGGAAAGGUGGCCGUCACCACUGCGCCAAGGGUCUUCUCCAUGGCAACAGUGGAGACAGCGACGUUGUGGAGACAACAGCCAGCUCAGUUUCUGGAGGCAGCAUCUCAGCACUGUGUAAAGAAGACAACUCUGUGUGGAAAAGAACAGGUGAGUCGCAACAACCACCAAACGGAAACGGAAACAAAUCACAACUGGAACAGGAGGAUGAGGAUGGAGAGAGGGAGGACAGAGGCAGGAGGAGGAGGGAGGAGGACAACGAGGAUGUGGAAGCAAAAAGACAAGGAGGCGAUGCAACAGAGGGGAAUGGAGGAGACACGGAGGUGGAGGUCAGGAUGAUUGACUUUGCCCACGUUUUCCAGAGCGAAAGCCACGAUCACGGCUACAUCUACGGCCUCAAACACCUGCUGACAGUGCUGGAGCAGAUCCUGUGUGACACCGCCUAGAGCUCUCACUCCUCCAGACCUCCUCUUUACCUCCUCACCUGCUCAGUGAACCACUGUCUCCCUCCUGUCGGCCUUCCUUUCUUCUCAAAAGACUAAAACCUUCAAAGGAGAGAGGGAAAAAUCAAAGAAGUGAAUAUUAAAACAGAACCAUCAUCAUCAUCUCACCUGUUUGUGAUGGUCCGCCAGUCAUGUGUGUGUCUGUGUUUGUGUGUGUCUGUCUGUCUGUGAGCGAGGUGGAGAUAGUAGAGGCUUACAGUUGUGUUUUCCUGUGAUCAGCAGCACUACAUGCACUAAUCAAUCCAUGAAGGCAUUGCGACCCUGUACUUAAACACAACACCUUCAGCUGCAGGAGUUACCGAUGCUCACACAAUUUGUCACUUUACCUUAAGUCCGAUUGAAAUGUAUUCAUAGAAAAUAGGGUUCGACAAACAUUUUCAUACCAUAGCCAAUGAAAAUAGCUGCUAGGUUUCUGUUAAAGCUGCAUAUCAGUACACCUCAAAUUAGGUAUUUGCUGGGCAAUAUGUAGUCCUUGUUGGUGAUACUUUAGGACGCAUUAGUGUUUACACUACAAAAGAUAUGUAGUCAAAUGUGUCCCAGACCACCUCGGCCAAUGGUUUGAGUGAUCAGAUCACAAUGUGUCUUGGUUGUCAUUACACUUAUAUUUAGCGCUGUCUACUUGCAAUCGAUUCACCCCGGACACAUGUUAAUACCAGGUAUAAACAGGUGAUACAUUUAACAUCAGCUAUAGGAGUUUGCUCAGUUGUCACUGUGAUUAACCUGUCAACAUGCAAGCGUAGUAGCUGAACUAAAACCAUAAAAUUUUUGACAACUGACGUGUUAAACGCAAGCUAAUGCCAGGUUCACAGUACACGAUAUCAGCCCAAUUAUACCCCGACGCAGCGUCGUACAGUGUCAGCUCGGAUAAUGAACGGCAAGGAGUGUCAUAUGCGAUAAUCCAUUGUUUCAUCUUGUGUAGUGUGUCACAGUAGAUGACAACCAAUGCCACGUCUGGGAUGCCUCACGACGUUCCAACAGAAAGUCUAGCAUGUUUGAUUCUCUUUUGCUGUUGACGACCUCUUCCAUCACAGCUGUCACUUUUAUCAAUAGAAACAGAGCGAUCUGCUGUCAUAGACAAAAGUAUGUCAACAGCACCCCACCCUUUUAGAUAUUUCCUCUAGGGAUGUUACCACACAGAGUAAAAAGGGGAAAAAUUAUGGCUUGUAACAGCAGAGGCACUUCAGCAACCUGUUGAGUACUGCCAUUAGCAUCAAGCUAGCAAAGAAUGUUAUUUCUUCAUGAUGGAGUAUAUAAAGAAACAGAAUUAAUAAAUAGUGUCCGGGCCUUUACUCACCACUCAACUGCAGAGGGUACCAGCUUCAUUUGAAACAGACUACAUUGUAAAUGUAAAAGUUAAUGCAUCGCACCGUCAUUUAAAACGUAACACUUGCUGUAUCUGUUUGACAUUAAAAGCCCUUUAUAACUUCGGUUGAGAGAAUCCCUUCAUUUAAUAAAAAGGCUUUUAUUGUGAAACAUUUGUAGGAAUUUGUUGUGGAGGAUUCAGUGACUCGCACAGUUUUUAAUGUGGUACUUCAAAUGUAGCUUUUUACGUUACUACAACAACAUUUUGGCUGGCACAUGAACAGACACAGUGACUGAAAUAAUAGCAUAACUAAUAAAAAAUAGAACAACAAUAGCCCGAUGACGUCACACAUGUUGUGAAAGACGACAUGGAAUGAUUGGUGUGGACCAUCAUGUAGUCUGUCAUGUCUGUCGGCCAAGUCAUGGCACGAUUUUAUGACUCCACAAACGUGUAAUCUAACAUAGCGACUGUCAGAACAGACAGAAAUGUGUAGUGUGAAUCAGGCAUAAGGAUGGGAAAUUGAUCAGUCGAUACAAUCCAAUCAAAGAUUCCUGCCUCAGGCCCCAAUCCUGAUCCUCUAUAUUAGCUUCCAUUCUCCUGCAGGUAUCCAUCAGCAGAUGGAAUUUGUUCAGUUGUCAUAGAGAUGUUGCAUACAAUGUCAGUAGCUGUUAUGAUAAGCAAUUUUAACAGCUCCCUGGAUUGGGAUUGGGUCCUCAGGAUUCUACAGUAAUUUUUGUAAUGGCUGGUCCAUCCUUGAAUUUUGUGAUCAGGGUGUGGGCGGAUCCACUAGUUUUAAAAGAUAUACUCUGAAAAGAGAAUCAGCAAAAAGAGUUUUGUGUGUGUUUUGGUUAAGACAAGGUGUACUUUGGAUUAUGCAGUCCAAAUGGAAAACUACCUACACCCAAAAUUGAAACCUUUUUCUUUUAUCGGCAUCCUGGGCAUCCACAGUGAUGUACUGGAUUUGGAUCAUUUAGAUUGGCUUGAAAUCUGUGAGCAUCGGGUAAAACAAGAAGUCUGGAGACUGUUGAGGUUCAAGUCCGGUCGUCCUUUUUGUGUUUUUGUUUUAACCACUGUCUACAGGUAUCUAACUCAGGUAAAUUUACUGUAAGAAGAAAUGCUUAAUAUUACUACUAUUAUCUUCUCAGCAAGAUGAUCCUCAUGCUGUCUGGUUGUUCGGUUCUAAACGAUUGUUUUAUAUCGUCUUACUCUAUGUUGAUUUUAUCUCAUGAUUGUCCUUAUCUCAUCCAUGUUGACCUUGGGGUCGUGUUUUUGACUUGCCUAACUUUACAAUGACCUUCCAUGUGGUAUUAUCUUUUACCAUUGCUGUUUUAAUUGUUGUACAUGUUCAGCUGCCAAAUCAACCCCUCCCCCUCCACCUUCCCCCCAGGAGCCUGUGCUCUUUGCUGUGUUUAAUCCAGUGAUAUGGUGCCCCCCACCCCCCGCCCUAGUUUUAGGAACGGCACUAAAUUGCUGAUGUCAUACCUUGUACUCCAGAUUUUUUUUUCUUUUUUUUUUUUUUUUUUUUCUCAAACUUACAUUAUAAGGUAACAUUGCUCAUGGGUUCAGUGCCAUUGUUCUAGCAUUAACCAUGAGUUAAUGUAGUUUGAUUUUAAGUUAUUAAAAUGUAAUGAAUUGAAUUAUAAACAGGCAACAAUAGGAAACUCAAGCAGUUCCCUCUCAAAACUGUGGAAAGAUGAUUGAAAGUGUUUUGGGGGUUUGACAGAAGCAACAUGUUAUACUGUAUGACACAUGAUGUGCUGUGAAUGGUUCUCAUCAUAGGACUUCUCCAAGGAUUUUAAGAUUGUAGUAAAAAGAUAUUUGAAACAUGCUGCUUUAAUGCGAGUUGACUGACAGACUCACCGCAGAGUGACAGAAUGCUAAAGAGAAGAAAGACAGCAACUGAAUGGUUUCAUGUCAUGUUUUAUUGUAUUGUUUGGUUUAUUUAGGCUUGAAGCAGAUGGACAGGAGUGUCAGAAUACUGGCUGCCAGUAAACAGAAGUCAGCAUGUCCUUUUUACACUAAUCUCAGCUUGAGAAACAAGUUUAAGUCAGUUAUGUUUUUUUGUUUUUGUUGAAGUCAUAUUUGGUAGGGUUGACUAAUACAGGUUUUCAGGCUGGUACACAGACUGAUGCUGGAGAUAUUCUGUAUACAUUUGACAAUUCUAACAUGUUUAUGUACGAUGUCAAAGUUAAGUGAAACUGAAUUAAGUGUUUUCCUGCAAUUAUUACUUCCUUAUUAUUCCCUCCAAAUUAAACUUCAUUUAAGAAAAACAAUUUAUAACAAGGUCCACACUUCUGGAGCUUUCAGCCUCAUCUCAGGACCUUCAUCAGUAGAUUGUGUUUAAUCCACAGUUGAGGACCACAAGAUACAGCUCUGGGAAAAAAAUUAGUAUGUGCAGGGUCCACACGGUCAUGAAAAUCCUGGAGAAAUUAGAUAAACAGUUUUCCAGGCCUGGAAAUGGUUUGUAAUUAACAGAAUGUUUUUUGGGGAAAAUAUGUGGAAUAUACAUUGUUUUGGCUAUUAUGUAAAAUAUUUUCAUAAUAUCCCAGAACAUGUCUAAUGUUACAUGAAAUCUGUUCCCUGUAUUAGUAAUUUAAAAUCUAGUGCUGCGCUGCCUGAUUGCGGAAAUGUCACUAGUAUCUUGUGAUACACAUAGACCAGACUGGCUUACGUUAUUGCCAAGGCCACGUUCCCUUUUGGGGGAAAAAAAUGCACAGUCACAUCAGAGAAACAGGAAAAUGCUGAAAAGCUGUUGUGUAGUGGGUUAACCAAGGCUCUCAGACUGAGAUCUGAGGCACAUAAGAUACGCCAAUAUUCACUGUUAAUUUGGUAAACAGCUAAAUGAUGUUGGUGACAGUGACUACUGGUGGAGAGCUAAUGUUAGCUUGAGUGGAGGCUGCUGCAGAUAUGUUACAGUCAUACAGCAUCAGACUACCGUCACCAUCUAAAUCUCAGCCUGUAGAUCAAACAGUCAGCUGUUAAGAGUUUAGUUAUUUACAGACAUCGCUUAGCCUUAUGAUACCCAAUAGAUAUUGUGAUCCAACAUCUAUACAUAAAUAGAUGUCCAGAUAAUCAAUAUCCACCCACUGUGUUGGGUCAUGACAAGACAAAGAGUAACGAGACAUGAUAGCAAACAACCUUAAUUAACUUAAGCUGUCGUGUACACUCGGGCUCAGGCGAGUUAGCAUUAAAACAAAAGUUUUUUUAACAAGAAAUAAAUGCAUACAAACUUGUCAACUUGAUCUGAUCAGAUCAAACUGCAGUGGUAUCUACAGGAUCUUUAGUUUUCUAUCCCCCAAAAUCAGCGUAGCCUUGGCAGUUGCACAGUGCCCAUAUGUGCUAGUCUGGUUUAUUAACAAUGGGCAUAACUAUGCAGCUAGAUUGAAGCAGGAAUGUUUAAUGAGUGAAAAGUUAGCAGGCGGUUGCAGUUUGCUUAUCUGCAAAAGCCUGAGAGUAUGGCUGUAUCAUUCCGUAGACCUACACAUUUUAAUCUACUUAAAUAAAGUCAUGAAAAUGGGGUCAAAUAUGGACAAAUUAUGGGGAAACAAUGUUAUGAAAAAAGUCAUUGGUAAAAAUGUGAGAGAACCCUGUAAGUGGACCUUCUGAUAAGUUUUUUUUUUUUAAAAACUGCUAUUUACAUCUUUUAGAACAGUGGUUCCCAACUGGUCCAGGCAUGCAGUCCAGAUUUCACCCUAGUCAUUAGUUCGAGGUCACACAAUUAAAUACAUUCAGCGUCAUACUUGCAUUUGGCCAUGUCGUCAAGCUAGUUCACUGACUCUGUCAAGUAGCUGUCCAUAAGUCACUCACUCUACAGCAGGAAACCACACUUCACAAUAAAAGCUCUGUGCUGGAAAUUCAGUUUGCGAGUCACUUAUGGUCCAUUCAGAGUGAACUGCAAGCCACUUUUGGACCGUGGCCCAGCAGUUGGGAACCACUGCUCUAGAAUGAACCUUCAAGCUCAAACUCUGUUUACUCUGUCAAACAUUUAUUAACAUCUUUAUCCUGAGAGUGACAUGUAGUGGUCACAGCCAAAAAUAACUUUUCAUGGAGAAACACACCUGAUUGAGCAGGAGGAACAAUGCAGUUCAGUCUGGUUUGUAGUUAUUAGAUUCAUUUCAAGUCAAUUCACCAACUUAUUUCAUUCCAGGCAGAAUUUGAAGAGUCCAAAUAUGUUUGGUAAUAUAUUGAAAGUCAGACUGCCGCUUUCACAGCAGCUCUCCCCACCUCAGUCUGAUCUGCACUCAGUCCUGUGUUAGUCAGUUCUACUCUCCAGUGUGGUGACAGCAAAUGAAAUAUUCUGUCUUCACACACUGGGCAAAUCAUUUUUCACGAUUUAAUUCCUCACUUUCAAAAAGUCAACCGCUUAUUUUUAAGCUCUAAGCUUUUUAAGAUCAUUUGCUGUACAUUGUUUUGACUUUAUCAUCCUACAGGCUGAGCAGUUGUUUUGUCUCACUGUCUGGUGUUAUGGUUUCUGUAAAGGUUUACUGACUCCAGCGUCUGCUCUCCUCAUUAACUCUGGAGCUGCUUUAAAACAUCACGCUCCAAUACACAACCCCAGACUUUGAUAUAAGCCAAUAAUAUGCACAAGUCUCUUCAGUUUAUGUAGCUUGUAAUAUAUGAAUAUAAUCAAUAGUAUGAGAAUCCUGAUCUUUUGUAAAAUAACUCAAUUAAAUGCUAUUUUGAUUUUAAUCUGAACCAAAAGAGAUUGCGAACUAUUAGAAAAUAAUAUUUUCUCUAAUGUUGUUUCUUUUUCAUAAGAUUGAUUUUUUUGUUAAUCAGCGUAAAAAGUUAAGGAGUCUUUUGAAGAAUGUUUACAGGACUUAGAGUUGUUGUUUUUUUUCACUGCCUUAUUUUCUGUUAAUGUCUCCAUGUCGUCUCUGUGGUUUGAAUAUUGAUUAUUAAUCAUUCCGGCAGCUUUGUGAAUCUCCUCUUUGUUUCUAGCCUGUUGUGUCAUGGCUAACCAACAAACACCAUAUCAUGCAUUUAUAUACAGGGCAUUGUUAAUGGCAUUGAUUUAAUAGUGAUGCAACCUUUGACUUAAACUCCCUUCCAUCAGUGUAAAAAUCAGAAGAGCAGCUCAUGUUACUGAGACCUUCUCUGUCAGUGGAGGUGCGCAGAAUCACCAACAGCACAUCUGCUCUGUUCCUUUAGUCCUUUUAAAGGAUGACACAAGUGUUUUAUUACAUAUCAUUCCUUCUUUACAUUACAGCUGAAACAACAUGGUGUUGUAUUGCUGAAUAUGGUUUUGCAGCUGCCUAUCAAGCAGCCAGUGGUUUCCAGUUCACAUUAUAUUUUUAUAUUAUACCUUUUAAUGUUUUACAGUUAUUUUAACAUGCAGACUGAUUUUAAAAUAAAGUCUGAGUCAGUGAAUUACCACACAACAUAACCAAAGUAGAGGCAGACAAGAUGUUCAGUAUGAGGGUGGAGUGUGCCAUUGGUAUAAUUAAAGGCUUUUACAGUGUAUGCAAUUGGUAAAGUGAUCAAUUCAAAAAAGAAAUUACAAACUAGGGAUCACAAUCACAGUUGACAACUGUUGGGAAGGUUACUGUUGAAAUGUAAUAAGUUACAGAUUACAAGUCACCCUGUUAAAAAUAAGUUAGGUAACUAUUUUAAUAACUUCAUCAAAGUAAUGUCACUUAUUACAUUUGAUUACUUUUUGAGUACUUUUCUAACAAAUGUUUUAAACGGGGAAAUAAAAGUUCUGAAACAUAAGCUCAUGAGUGUUGUACUCAAAUUUGUUUCAACGCCUCUGCUUAUCCACGUUGCCCAAAAUGUGCCAAAAGUAGACAUUCCUGCACAAUGAAAAGAUGCAAAGCAACAGAAUGAAUGUUCUAUUGUACAUGAAAGGUUUUUACCAAAACGAUUAUAUUGGAAUGUAAUCCCUUAUGUUGUGUUCACACCAGGUGCAAAUAAAAGAAUUAGUGCAAAUGAAUUACAUUUAAAGUCAAUGUAAAGCCGUGAUUAGAAGCAAAUUCCUACCAAGUGGACAGACUGUGUGCAUUUUUGUGUGGAUUGAGUGUUUUGAUACUUUCAGAUAACUUACACAGCACCUAUACCUGCUUUAUAAUAAAAGAGACAUGGAAAUCUGACUUUUUACAAUAUGGGACCAUUAAUUACAUAUUUUUCUUAGUAACUAUAACAGAUUACAGUUACAUUUAUUUUGUAAUUUAAUUAUUUAACUCUGUUUCUUGUAACUAGUUAUUCCCCAGCACUGCAGGUGUUAUCACAAUAAGGUAUUAUAUUGAUUCUUUAGACAACAAUACGAUUUUAAGUCUGCCACAACACAAUUUCAAUUUGAUUUACAGUAAUUCAAUUGUCUGCCUGAUGCUAGGCCGCUAGCACUGUUAGAAUGUUUAGGAAGGAGGUGUGCUUGAACAGAAAUGGUGACACAGAUAAAAGUGUAUCUUAAAGAUGACAAUAUGAAUUGUUUUUUACACUUUGUAUCAAUAAUAAGGGAUCAUUGAUCACUAAAUCAAAACAUUAAUGCAGAUCAAUGUAUCACCACUAUUAUAAAAAGACUGGUUACAUUUGCAUUUAAAUGAUCCAAUGUAAAAGUUAAAAAAAAAUACAAAAUAAAAGCUCAUUAAAUUUGCAAGUUAAUUCUGUUACCUUAAUUUGCCUUUAAAUGUAAUAAUAGUUGGAUUUUAGAAAUCUGACCAAUCAGAGCUCCUGCUCAGUGGUUCAUUUUAUGUUUUUGCAGCACACUGCUCAUACAUAGACAAUAUAAGACACUGUGAUGAAAUGAUAACUGUAAAUAUUACAGCAUUUAAGUUGUACUGUGGAAUCUGGUAAGCAGAAGAAAAAAAAUAAACAUUUUAAAGAGCUUUUCAGAUUUAUUUUAAAAUUCCAUUUUAUUCCAUUCAUUAUUUAAAGUCAGGAAAUCAAAUUAAAAAUUGAUGAUUUUUCAAAAAAUGUUUUAUAAUACAUCACUUAAAUUAAUUUAUUCUAACUUCUAAAUUAAUUGGUUAUAAUUGAAACACUGUGAAGGUCUAUUAUUAUUUCAGUGGCACAGUCCAGGCUAAAUGUGACAGACGAUCUAUGAAAAAUAUGUUUCAGGUCUGUAGUUGAUUUUCAUACUGCAGUGGAUAGACACCAAUGGCUGCUGAGGCAGCAGAAGACGACAAAAUAAUUCUACACAGUAGAUGCAGUUUGAAGUAAAGGGGUUCAAACAUGCAUAAAUGUGGUCAGUCAGACCUUUAUGGAUGUCUGCCUGCAGCAACACAGACAUGGCCUGUACCUCGCAGCCAUGAUAGACCUGGUCACUUUUAAAUGUAACAUUUGAAGCCAAAUGAAACAGAAUUGUAAGAAACAUGGAUGUAGCAUGUUUGGGAUGCAUGGUAGAUUUUUCUCUACAGUCAGGGAAGAGUAACACUGCCCACCUCCUCUGCAUCAGAAUGUCUCAGUAUGCACCUUUACCCAUACUGGAAACUCAUAUAACACCAUUACAUGUACUGAACAUACUGCAUUACAUGAGUCAUCUCAGAGUGGAGCACACUGACCAGUCCUGACUGAUGACAACACAACCUGAGUGUGCAGUGUGAGUCCAGCUGUGCUCAGCAGAGGUUUUUCUGACUUUUCACCACUGAUGUUGAGGAUGCAAAAUGACAGUGAUUAGAUGAGACAGUAGUGAACCUGUGUUAGGUCUGACUUCAUGCUGCUCUCUGUGCUCUACUCAUUUGUUUACAUGUAAACUGCUCUCCUUGUGACCGGGAAAGAUUGAUUAGAGGCCAGAACAUGAGUUCUGUUCUUUAACAGGUUGAUAGGUAGUAAGUGAAACUUUUAUUUCUUUUUUUUUUUUAAUUUGUCUAUCACACACUGCAGACUAAUGGAAUAGCCAGUGUAUGAUAUAUGUUUUUCUUUCUCCUGUGAACAAAAUAACCAGUUGCUCACCAUGAAAGGACCAUAAAGGUGGUGUGACAUGUUUUAGACCAUUAGCCACAAAUGAUGUUUACUGUACACUGCUGCCCAUUUUCAGAGCAUACUUUCAAGAUAUUCUGUACAAUCUCAUAACUAGUUAUAUUAAAUCAGGUCUUCUUUUGGUAUGAUUCUUGUAAUAAGAUAUAUUUGUCAGUAUCAUAGCAGAUCAACUUAAAGGUCAACUUCAGAGUUUUUCAACCUGGACCCUAUUUUCCCAUGUUUUCUCUCUAAGUGACUAAUGGGGACAAUCACUUUUUUUAAAAAAUUUGUCCAGUAUUGAGCAAGACAGGCUGCAAAGGAACCACUUGAGCAUUUGUGCACUGUCCCCCGCUGGCACUGGAUGUCAGAAUGAUGUCAGAAAGACGAUAGACCAGGGGUCACUAAACUUAACUAAUAGCCAUUUUUGACCAAAUAAGAAAAAGAAAAAAAUCUGUCUGGAGCUGAAAAACAUAUUUGAGCCUCAUAAUAAAGGUAACAGAGUCUUUUAAGUUCAAUUUGUCUAUCAACAUUACUAAUAGCGUUACAUGAGCAUUCAUUAAUAUGUUUUAGUAGAAGGUGGCUAUUCUGCAUUGAGCUAUUUUUGAUUAUGUGGUAUUACUUUGCAAUGUUGCAGAUGAAAGCAAAUAAAUUUGUCCACACACUAUUAAAUUAUCUAUUUUCCCCUGAGACUUUUCCCUCUUUGGAUUUGGAAUCCACAGCUAGCCUAUCUAGGAGGACUCAAGACUACUGUAGCCAUCUAGUGAUUAGAGGAAAAGGCACCAGGCCAGACAUAUGACACACAUUUUAGUUGAUGAAAUUUUUCUUUUUUUUCUUUUUUUAUAUGUGUAAGAAUCCCUUUAGGUCUACAACAAUACAUGAAAAUUAAAAUGUAAAAAAAAAGUUCAUUUUCAUAUAAGCCAGUAGUCAUAUGGCAAAUUUCAUAUGACAAUCGGUCGUAAAUUCACAGCGCACUCCCGCUAGUCAGCAAUUAGCAUACAUCCCAUCCAUGAAUAGCCAGUGACCACCAUAUAUCGAGGUGACAAUUACUAUGGAUAGGUGCAUCCUGUCAACCUGCAAACAUGGAGCAAAGAAAGAAAGAGAGAGAGAGAUAAAGAAAAUUUGUCCGAUGCUGAGAUUGAAGUUGUUUUAGGUGAAGUGGCGUUGAGAAAAACAUUUUAUUUUAUCUGUUAUUAGUGGUGUGUUAGAGACAGGUAAAUCAAAGGCUUGGAAGGAGUUAACAGGUGUGGAUAAUUCUAUGUCCUUUGUUGAGAGAACCAAUAAGUUAUACAAAAGUAGUUUGACAUGAAACUAGAUGCAAAAAAACCCACAAGUACACACAAAAAAAAAACACAACAGCUACAGGAAGCUUUUUCCAGUCACAGCUCUCUGCUGCAGACGAGCAUGUUGCUUGCAUCAUCAAUCAAUUAAUCAAUCAAUUUUAUUUAUGAAGCCCAAUAUCACAAAUCACAAUUUGCCUCACAGGGCUUUACAGCAUACGACAUCCCUCUGUCCUUAGGACCCUCACAGCGGAUAAGGAAAAACUCCCCAACAAAAAACAACCCUUUAACGGGGAAAAAAUGGUAGAAACCUCAGGAAGAGCAACUGAGGAGGGAUCCCUCUUCCAGGACGGACAGACGUCAUCAGAGAGACCUCUCUGUCAGUUUGCCCUAAGCCUCAGCAUUGCUUGUCACUGUUGUAAAAUUAAACCACUAUUAAAACAUCUUAAUACAGAGAGUCUAAUGUAGGCAAUAACCCACCCAAGUUUAACAACAAGUAAGUUAGCAAGAUAGUAUACCAUCUCCCUCCAACUCUCUGCCAGAUUCUCAAUUUGAAAUUAUGUUUAUGUCUCCCAUGUUGCGUGUCUGAUAAUUAAAUCAGACAAAAAUGACACGCAGUUUGGGGCUACACUGCGUAAAAAUGGCAGAGGGGGAGUGCGUUGGUUUGUUAUUUUAUUUAUUCAGAGAACAGCGUUUUCCAGUUUUGUAUUAAGUUGAUUUAAAUAACUCAUUCACAUUUUUAACAAAACCAAUCUGAAGCUUAGAUCUUCCAAAUGACAACUAAUUUAUCCAAAUGUGUUACAUUUCUAAUCUCGUCAUUUUUGACUUACUUGUUUCACAAGCAUCUAUGUAUUGUGAACAUAACAGAGCACAAUAUGAAAUAAAACUCUAAUUUCUAAUAAUGACAAGCAACAUUUACGUGCAAUAUCUUUUUUACACGGGCACUGUGAGCACUCAGAAGCAGGUGUAGAUUUUGUGAGUACCAAUGAUAACAUUGGAGCUAGUAAUUUGUUGAUGAAUGCCGAAAUAUAGGUACAUUUCCUUCUGCGAACAGUUUACACACAAAUUAGUUCUGCUCACAUUUCAUGAAUGAGACUCGUUGGGUUUUAUUCUCUGUACUUUAUGACUAAAUGUCAUUAUUCUACAUCAAGAUGACGUUGGCAUGAGAUGUUUGGAAAAUUUUGGAUUUUGGUUACAGAACAACACAACUCAAAACCAACAAAAUAUCAAUGUAAUCUGUCCUCAGUAUUCUACAUCAGUUGAAAUUGGAAUUAGGUGUUGUCCUGACAUUGACUUUUGGUCACCUGACAUAACCCAAAUUCAACCAAAUAUCAGCUGGCCAGCUGGGUCAGUUUACAUCCACUUUUUGCCACUGACAGGCUCAGAUUAUUUAAGUGUCUGACAACUUUACAGAAAGCCUCCCUACAGAGACAGACCUUUUUGUUUAAGACUUAGAUCCUUUUUGUCUAACCAGAAACAGCCCUGAAAUUGCUAUCGCUAAACCCACCAGACUCUGUUUAAAAAAAUAGUAAUUUUAACAUAGUAAAAAUGCACCUCCUUCAAAGUCAACAGAUUUGGUUGAAAUAAACUUUUAAUUUACGCAGAUGUGACAAUGUGCUGACUCUAUACAUGCUAGAAUUAUUGUUUAUUUAAAUGGAGUCUGGUGGGUUUGGCGAGGGUGAUUACGGGGCAAUUUCUUGUUAAACAAAAAGAUUCUUACUUUUUAACAUAAGUAUCUAUCUCUGUAGGGAUCAUUUCCAUAACGCUGUCACACACUUAGAAUAACAAUCUGAGCCUGUCAUUGGCAAACAGCCAUUUUAAUGGACAGAAAUUUACUGUGCUCAAUUGCUGGCAGGGAUUACACUGCCGCCCAUCUCGCUCAUUACUGUACCAAUUUAAAAAUUGUUGUUCCCAUUAGUCACUUCGACACAAAAACAUAGGAAAAUAGGUCCAGGUUGAAAAAUACUUAAGUCACCCUUUUAAUCAUGUUGUUAUCACAUUGAGAACUGAAACCCGAGAUGUUUUAAAAACUGGACAGCAGUUCUAAAAAACUCAAGUAAAUGGGGUAAAACAUGCAAAACCAGCAGUGUGGUUCCUUAAUGGAGUCUAGGAAGAAAAAAGUGAAGGGGGAGUCAUGAGAGAUGAGUGUCUUCUAGGCCAGUCAGCCAUUUGACUUUCCCUUAUGUGUGAGCCUUCAGCUGUGUCAGCUGGGUUUGUAAUGCUGCAUUUAUGUCAUAUGGGAAGAGCCAUCUCAACGGUUCAAAGAAAUGAAUCAUAUCUUUCACUACAUUUAUCAGAGAUGUUUACUAAUCUGAACUGCAUUCACCAGUUUAGAUCUGAGAUGAUUAAUUUUCAAAAUAUUUAUAAUCUUUCCUGUCUGACAAAAAUGCAGCAUUAGAGCUAAAAACAUUCUGUAAGUACACAUAAAAAUAAUUGGAUGGUUCUGACUGGCUGUGAUAUCCUCCAACACUUUUCUUCAGCUUUUGAUCCACUUAAGUGUCUUCAUGUGAUGCCUGAUGGAAACUUUCAGGUGUGAAUGCUCAGUGUGGCUAACUGUGGAAUGCCAUUCAUGGGGCAUCAGAGCUGAGCAGUGUGAAUGCUUCUGGUGCGGUGUUGCUGGGCUGCCAUUAUUUAAACAAAACCUGUUGAAGGACUGCAAGAGUGGCAGGUACAGUUCAGCUUCUCUACACGUACUGGAUUUCUGUGGAUUAUCUGCUGACACAAAGAUGUCCGACUGAAGUCCAGUACAUGGAGUUUAAUGAGAAACUGAGCCUGCUGUGCCCCGUUGAGCCCUUUAGUGGAAAGUGAGCUUCUCAUUGUGGACUUUGAAGUGUAUGAAUUUUGAUAUACUGGAUUUAACAUGUCUUAGAAAUGAGCCUGAAGCAGAACAGCAAAUAUCAUCAGUGUACAUAAGGAGAGGAACUCCACAGUUAAAGUCCCUCUGUAACUACAAACCUGAUACUCAUUAUUUUUUCAACAAUAAAAAUAUUAAUCAAACUG